AUGUCAGAUCGCGAGGACGGUGGAGAGGAGACCUUUUAUGACGACGAGGAGCCAGUCUACGAUGGCGAUGAUCUCGGAGAGGAACAAUUUGACGAUGGCGCGGAUGGCGCUGCCAAUGGUAUCGUCCACUCUUCUGCAGGUGGCGAUCCUUCCACCUCGAUGGCUGGUCAAGCCAAUGCCGAACGUAUCACGACACCCUACAUGACCAAGUACGAGCGAGCCAGGAUUCUUGGUACGCGUGCUCUUCAGAUUUCCAUGAACGCACCCGUACUUGUGCCUACCGAAGGCGAGACGGACCCAUUGGAGAUUGCCAUGAAGGAGCUUGCCGCCAAAAAGAUCCCUCUUGUCGUCAGAAGAUAUCUUCCAGAUGGUAGUUACGAGGACUGGACGGUCAGUGAGCUCAUCGUCAGCGAGUAA